CUCUAGUGAGUACAACAUCAUAUAUUGAAGACAUCUGACAUACACUUGCUACAACUAGAAAUUAAACAAAAGAUGCUCUUUCUACUCUUAUUAGUGACCAUUCCUACCUUCCUCUAUUUCCUACUUCAACAUGCCAAGGGUGGAAAAAAUGUUCUGCCACCAGGUCCUUUAGGGCUGCCUUUAAUUGGAAAUUUGCAUCAAUUUGAUAGUUUAACUCCUCAUCUUUAUUUUUGGAAACUUUCCAAGAAGUAUGGAAAAAUAUUCUCGUUGAAACUUGGUUCUGCCACUGUGGUAGUAGUUUCUUCAGCAAAACUUGCAAAAGAGGUAACAAAGAUACAAGAUUUAGCAUUUUGUAGUAGACCUUUUAUUCUCGGGCAGCAAAAAUUGUCUUACAAUGGUCAUGAUAUUGCCUUUGCACCUUAUAAUGACUAUUGGAGGGAAAUGAGAAAAAUUUGUGUUGUUAACCUCUUUAGUCUCAAGAAAGUGCAAUCGUUUGGUCCAAUUCGCGAAGAUGAAGUCUUUAGAAUGAUCAACAACAUAUCUAAACAAGCAAUGAACCCUCAAAUAACCAAUUUGAGCAAUAUAGUGAUUUCACUAACUAGCACAAUUAUUUGUAGAGUUGCAUUUGGUAUUAGGUAUGAUGAAGAAGCACUUGAAAGAAGGAGGUUCGAUGAAGUUUUAGCCAUGACUCAAGAAAUGAUGGCAGGCUUCUUUGUCUCUGACUAUUUUCCUUUCUCAAGCUGGUUUGAUAAACUCUCUGGAAAUAUAACUAAACUUGAGAAGAAUUUUAAGGAGUUGGAUGAGUUUUAUGAAGAACUCAUUGAGCAGCAUCUUGAUCCCAAUAGGCCAAAAUCCAUGGAAGGAGAUAUUCUUGAUCUUUUGCUACAAUUGAAGAAAGAGCAAUCAACCCCAAUCGAUCUCACUUUGGAUAAUAUAAAGGCAAUUCUCAUGAAUAUAUUAGUUGGUGGAACAGACACUGGCGCAGCUACAAUAGUUUGGGCAAUGACAGCCUUGCUGAAGAACCCAAGAGCCAUGAGGGAAGUUCAAAUAGAAAUAAGAAAAUUAGUUGGAAAUAAGAAAGGUAUGGUGAACGAAGAUGAUGUCCAAAAUAUGCCCUAUCUCAAUGCAGUGAUUAAAGAGACAUUUAGAUUGUAUCCACCUCUUCCACUCCUAGUGGCAAGAGAAACAAUGCACAAGUCCAUACUAGAAGGGUAUGAAAUUCAACCAAAAACUAUAAUUCAAGUUAACUCUUGGGCAAUUGCUAGGGAUCCUGAAUACUGGAAAAAUCCAGAACAAUUUAUACCAGAAAGAUUCUUGAAUAGCACUAUUGAUUUUAAAGGCCAAAACUUUGAGUUGAUUCCAUUUGGAGCAGGUAGGAGAGGUUGCCCAGCUAUUGCACUUGGUGUUGCAACUGUGGAACUUGUACUGUCUAAUCUUCUUUAUGCAUUUGAUUGGGAAUUGCCUUGUGGGAUGAAGAUUCAAGACAUUGACACUGAUGCUUUGCCUGGACUUACCAUGCAUAAGAAAAUUGCUCUUUGCCUUGUCCCUAAAACUUAUCUCUAGACUAGACCUAGUACACAUAAGCAUUUUGCAUAUUUCUUUCUCUUUAACUAGGGACAAAAUAAAAGAAGCACCUUGUUUUCCCACUAUGUGAUGUCUUAUUUAUGAUUGCAAUGAGCUUUUAGCAUGUGGCAAAAAAAAAAAUAUGCUGUCUUGGACAAUCAGAGGAUUUGCAUGGAAAAUGAAGGCCAAACUUCAUGUUUUAUGAUUUGAGUGAAAUUUGAUUUGUAUGAGUGUUUGGAGA